AUGGGGAUUUACGACUCAUCUGCUCCUAAUAUGAAUACCAAGGAAUCAAUUCUUGUGGAACCAAAGCCAUAUAGGCCACAAAUUCCUUUUCCAAGAAGACAUGAGAAGAAACCUCUGGAUGAAAAGAAGUAUGAUCGGUACAAAGAAGUUAUGAGUGAGUUCAUCGCUGACAUUCCCUUUAUAGAGGCACGAAGCAUAUCUCUUUGUUUAAAAAGACUACCCAAGUUAGAAGAUCCAGGAAAAUUUGUUGUUCCAUGCUCCAUCUUAGGAGUGAACUUUGAGGAUUUCCUUUGUGACACUGGAUCCAAUGUGAAUGUAAUGUCUAAGGCUAUUGCAGAGAGGUUGGGGAUUAAUGAUAUGAAGGCUUCUAAGGUCUCUCUCAAGUUUGCAAAUGCUGUCACCACGACUCCACAAGGCUUCAUUAACAAUUUAGAUGUUCGAGUUGGGAGUUGCUUGGUUGCUACAUAUUUUCAUGUUGUGGAAAUGAGCAAGGGUUCUGAAAUGCCUUUGAUUCUUGGGAGACCUUUCCUAGGAACAGUGGGAGCAGUUGUUGACUUGCCUAAUAAGAAGACCACUUCUCUAACAUUGAUGAUAAAGUCUUUUACAACGUAA